UCUCCCCCUUUCUCACUGGAUCAUCCAACGGCAGAAAUGGGUUCGUUUGGUGCACAGCUCAAAGCAAAGUGAAUAUUCUUCACUCCCAUUGAAGCUCUCUUGUAUAGUGUCCAAAUGAAUUCAAAAUUCAUAAGGAGCUUAACCAGCCAUUCAUGUGCCUGCCGUUAACGUAACAGAAUCUGUGUCGGGUCUGGAUGCUUUACCACUUGGAGGCUGGCUACUCUCUUAUACUUCAGAUGCUGGGAAGCUGAGGGUUCUGUUUUAGGAACAGAAGGCCCUGUGAGGAGCUGAAGCUGGGAGAACAAGGCAUUGUUGACAACUGUGAGAACCAUAUUGUGGCUACAGGGCUAAUGGACUCUAAAAUGGAGGAAGCUGAAGGAUGCAGUGAAGAUAUUACAGGAAAGAAGAAGUCGAAGUUCAAAGCCUUUAAAAUCCGUCUGUUUGGUAAAAGAAAGAGGAAGGAGGGCGCCGCUUCUGCUUUGAAGUGUGGGCUGAAGCAGAGCCAGUCAGCUAGUGAUGUCAUGGCUCCAGAGUCCAUGGCAGUUCUUUCUGACUCUGAAGAUGAACUUGGGUGUCCCAAAGGUGUUCUGGCUUCAAGAGCUUUGUCCCAUGACAGUAUCUUCAUUCCUGAGGCCAAGCCUGAGUCCCCCGAACCAGCACGUGUGUUAUCCCAGGAAAAUGUAUCUGGGAAGAUAAAAGCUUUACAGUUAAAGCUACAGCAGAACAUCAGACUUGGCCCACCUCCACUGGUGAUCCCUGGCAAAAGGACUGAGGACACAGGCACCAGCUCCGAAGAUGAUGGACUGCCCAGGAGCCCUCCAGAAAUAUCUCCACUGCACGAAAGCCUGGCACAUGGCAGCGCUGCACAGUUCAAUGCAACUUACAGGCAUCUUAGCUCUUUGAGUUUAGCUGGGACAGGCAGUGAAGACGAAGAGCAGGUCUCUUUGCAACCAUCAUCCAGAGCUCUCUCUCCAGUUGCUAAAACCAACUACAGGACUUCAAGCCCUCUGUCACCCACUGUUCAGCCCUCCAAUACAUGCACCUCCCCUAUCGUGGACUUCAGCUCUCCUCCUGAGUUCUCUGCGUGUUUGGACAAUUCUGCUGCCAAACACCGUCUUUCAGUAAAACCAAGAAACCAGAGAGCUGGGGCCAAAGGGAGACAACACCCCUCUAAGGUACACAGACCCCGUUGUGAAAGCCUGAAUGAGUUGGACUAUACAGUGUUAGAAAAAGAAGAGGAAGAAGAAAAUGAGCCCCAAGAAAUAAUAAGAUGCUAUUCCUAUUCCAGCCAAGUGCCCAGGACUGAGAUUUUAACUGCUCUGCUCAUUAACAAGCCCACAGUGGUCAAGGCAUCUGACACUGUAAAGGAACAGCAGACUGAGAAGAGUACAGAUCCAGCAGAAAAGGAGAAUGCCCUUUGCUUGCUGCUUAAUUCUUCAAGUUCUGACAAUACCCAGGACUCUACCUUUAGCAAGACUUUAUCCCCAGACACACAAUAUUCUAGUACAACAUGGGAUUUGAAUCCUGUGACUGUGCAUGCCAAAGUUGAAACAAACGUCUUAAAACUUGAGACAGAUAAAACAGUACAGGUAAAACCUGUAAGCAUACGAAAAACACAGAGUAAGAAUUUGAUUAAAGAGAUCUUAAAUACAGGUGCACAUACUGGUACAUUACAAGUAAGAGAGGACACUGAGAAUUUCCAAAUGCUAGAUACGAAUAUUGGUGAUAACACCUUAAGAGAUGUUCCCAAAUCAGAAGCAAGUAGUAUGUUGGGUUCUGUGAACAUCAGAGAAAGUAUAACCAGGUUCACACAAGAUGCAUACAAGGUGGAACAAUCUGUAACCCGUACCAAGGAGCUGCCUUCAGCUUCCUCAAGGACAGUUAAUAACCUGCAUUCAAAAGACUCAAUAAAAAAUCCCAAAUUAUCUCCCCUGAAAACUAAAUCACUGCCUGGGGAAUUGCCACAGAAAAAGCAAUCUUCAGAACCUGCCAAAAAACCUAUUGAUAGUAUUCCAACUGCUGAAAAAGAAGACGUCGUUACGGUACCUGCCGAUGUAGGUAGGGGGGCUGAUGUCAAACCCCUAUCUCAGCAGUCAUCAUUUAAGAAAAUGAAUGCCGGGUUGUUCCAGUUUUCUAUUUCGUCUGCCUGGGAUCGUCCAAGAAUGGGCAGCUUCACAGGGACAGAUCAAACAGAGAUUAAGAAAGAUGAUUCUUUUCAGGGCAGUACAUCUUCCCAUCCCAAACCCAAUCCUGUUGUCAGAAUAGAGAAGGAAGAAACACUUCCUAAAGUAGCAAAGGAGUCUUGUGAAAUCACUAGCAAAAAGCCUGAGGACUCUGUCAUUGCUGCAGUAGUGAAAGCCAGCCAAGGAGAGGAUAAUGAAGAGAAGUCUCCCUUUGGCAUUAAACUUCGCUCUACUUCGUUAUCCCUAAAAUACAGAGAGGGAUCUCAUCCCGACUUCAAUGUGAAACGUCACAGUACGGAGGUAUGCACACUCAUGGACUCAGAUGACUUCACCGGGCUCCCUAAUAGUGGGAAAGCAGGUGACCCAAAGCCAUCGGAUGUCCUUGGUAGCCCUUUUAAAGACAAUGGGAAUAUCAAGGCCAAAUCUUCUGAGCAGCUCAAUGUAAAAACCCCCUUACUGAGGAAACCUAUGUUGCAAAGUUCUGGCACGACAGAUGCGUCUUCAGUUGCAACCAAGAGUGAAAAUACAGAAGGGGAAAGAUUGAGUUUUCAUAAAAACAGUGAAAAAGGAACUCCUACAAAGAGCAUGUCAGAGGUGACUAAAGAGACAGCUGACGCCAAGCCUGCAUGGAUCAACAUGGCCAGACUGAAACAAAGAGGAUACCAAGAGCAGCAUCUUAGUACGAGCAAAGAAGAAAAAUACCUGAUCCCAGAAGUGAAGCCUGACAAAGUAAAACAAGGAGAGGCGAAGCAUGAAACAUUAAGGCCUCAAUCUGAAGUCUGGGUCGACAGAGUUCCUUCUCCCACCCAGCGGAGAGCCACGCUGGAUCACAGGCAGGACGUCAAGAUGGAUUGGAAACAUCCUCCGCCCACUCAAACCACUGCACUACCCACAGCAGAGGCGGUUCCAUCAACAAUCAUAUUAAUAAGCACAGACAAAGAAGAAAAACCGCAGCUGAGCAAGGACCUGCCAGUACCUACUGCAGGAGCUGGUCAGCCACCAUGGAUGGAGCUUGCGAAGAAGAAGUCCCAGGCAUGGAAUGACAUAUCUAUGGAUUAAUAGAUCCACAACCCCACCUAUUAUACAUGGCACAGAGACGCACAAUGCUGUAUCACAACCAUUUCAUUGGUGAACAGUUUAAUGUCACGAGCAUGUGGAGAACCGAUUCCAUUGAAUGAACUGCUUCUUAGAGGGUGAAGUGCAAUAGUUUUGCCGUAUGUUAACCAAUUUUUUUAAAAUGUUCUCUAAAAAGAUGAAAACAAAAUAGGCAUCAUUCUUAAUGACACUCCUAAAAUUGAUUUUAUUAUUAUGCUUUGAUAUAUAUAUAUUUUUUUUUCAUAAUUGAAUUUGUGUAUUGUAAUUUAGUGGUCUAAAGUUUAAUGAAACCGCACAAAAUUGUAGAUGAAGAAAUAUUUUAAUCAGGAUCGUAUAUUAUAGUAGAAAUUAAAACGAAUAAUACUGCGUCUUUAUGUGGGACAGCUCUGUUUAUAACACCGCCUUUAUUAUAUUCCAUCUCCGAUGGUUGUAACACUUGCAGCUGAAUCAUUUUUAUCCUUGUAAAUAGUCCCUAUAAUCACAUAUAAAUUAGGGAAACAUUAGGACAUGUAAAUGGGUCUGUCAUUAUUUUCAAAAGCAACGUCAAAUUACCUUUUUAAAACAUUCUUUGACCUUUUUAUGAGUAGUGCAGAGAGACAUUGUGUUUUUAACUUUUUUUAAACCCCUGCAACUUAUCAAAGUUCAGUAGUGACAUUACAGGUAGUGAUAUAAAAUAGCUUCACUGACUCUUCAGUGACUUCAUUCUUAAAAUCCAUAACAAUCAGCUUAUGCCAGUUGCUGCAGUAUCUGAGCUAACAAGUACAAUGCAGACUGUACACUAAAUUAGAUUGUAUAAACAUAGUAUUAUGAUAGCACAAAUUAAAUUGACAUGUCUGAGUAUUCUCAAAUAAACCCACAGUAAAAAAUGCAGUCCAACUAAAUGGAGACUAAUGCUUGCCAUGCACAGUCACUAAGCAGGUUGAGGAAGUGCAAGAGGAAUGUGAAGUUCAAACUUCAAAGUUGCUUGGAUUUUCAAAAUAUUUGAAAACACUGCCCCAGGUAAUAGGAAAAAAAUCAAUACAACUUGAUCAACGGCACUUCUCAGAUUGCAAAUAUCAUACAAAAACUGUACUAACUUUUCCAGAGCCAAUGUCUCUAGGUUUGUGUCUACUAUAAUACAUAACAUAGUCAUUUUUAGAGAAAUGUGAAGUUGCACGACAGCCUCCCUGCCGGUUGUUAACGAUUACUUGGCUGUACCAGGGAGGGACAACCCUAACCGGUCAAAGGUUUUGCUAGCAUUUCAAUGUAUAUAUUGCUUUAAAAUCUGAAUACAGGUACAUACUUCAAAAUGUCCUUUCUAGACUGAAUUCAUUGCUCUGGUAAAGAAAUAGCUAGGAAAUCGAUAUUGUAUCUUCUAUCUAAGCAUUAGGGGAGUAGGGUUACAGUGAUAUAACUCUCACAUAGCACAGGUUGCAAGUUCAAAAUACUUUAUAAUCUCAUACGCACACCUUUGCAACAUAACAUAAAGGGCUGUGUCUUCAUUUUAAAAUAUAUUAAAAACAUAUUUUAGGGGAUUUUUAAAAAUUUUUUUGAGGCUUAGGGUCAUCAUAUAAUGGCCAAUAAAACUAUUGAUUAAUGAUUGGGUUAAGUUAUGUUUUGGGGGUUUUGAAUAGUAUAGUAAGAUAAUACACAAUAACUUGGUAAUAUCUAAUAACAACUGUUAUUAUUAGUAACUACCCAGUUAACACUUUAAAUGUUGUGUAUUUGUAAAAUGUGUUUUGCCACAAACAUGAUUAUAAACAGUUUAGGGAUAUCAGCUAUCUGUUUUAACACAAAUCUUUACUAUUAAUGGGUCAAUAUGUUAGAAUGAUUAAAGCGUUCAUGACAGUUCCUCUUUUUUUUUUCUUUUUUGUCAAGCAGUCUACUUUUCUUACCUGCCUCACAAUUUUUCUGUCUCUUCCUACACCUUUUAUAAUGUGGGGAUGUUACUUUAAAAAGAACUUUGAAUGUUCUAAACAUGACAACAAAAAUACAUAUAAAUAACCAUUUUCACAUCUCAUUGGCUCCCAUGUUUUAUUAUUCAACGAACAAUUCUCAGAAAUAUUUUCUGUAACAUAAUAGAUUUUAAGAUUCAUCUCCCCUAUAUAAUUACAUGUAUACUAUAUAUUAUCUGCAUAUAUAAUAUGUUAUUAUGUGUACUGUUUAGUAUUGUUUUAGAUCAUCAUUUCAUAUGCUACCUAACUGUUCCAGUAGUUCUGAAAAGACUGCUGGGGUCCAUGUCAGUGUUGUACAAGCUUCAGUGCUCAGUGUUCAGCUAAGAUGUCUUCGUCAUUAUGGCUGCAACGUGUGCGUGUGUGCGUGUGUGCGUGUGUGCGUGUGUGCGUG